AUGCUUCUGUCAAGUGUCCGUUAUGGACGUUUCAUACCCUGGAAAUCAAUGCCCGGCAGUGUUUGGGGUGGUAAACAACGGAAAAUCCCCCGUUUAACUAAUGCGCGUAAAGAAGCGUUUUUGGAUGAGCUUCUUAUUUCUCGCCAAAACCAUAUGUAUCUUCAGAAACCGUAUUUCAGUGAAGAAGUUGAAGCUGCCACUCUAGCUGAUGAGAAAAUGCGUGAAUUGCAAAUGGAAGAUAUGAUUUUCUACGAUCGAUAUGCUAAACAAUUCAAUCGUCGUUUUCCUACACGUAAUCUGGAAACAUUUUGGGAUAAAUUGUCAAAAACUAAACGUUAUGAUGUUUGA